AUGACCGAAGCAGAAGCCCCGAAAGGACUUGCAGCCAAGCUCGACAAGAAGCGCAAGCGCCAGGCCGAGGAAUCUACCAAGCAAGACAAGCCUGAAACUGCGCCUGCAGCCGCCGGCGGGGAUGAAUCGAACAAGAAGAAGCGCAAGAAGAACAAGAAUAAGAAGAAGCAGCCUGAGCAGGAUGUCAAAACUCAAGAGCGCAAGGGUGGUGUUGACGAGUCUAUCGGCAAGAUGGAUGGGCGGUUGUUGGCCGAUUACUUUGCUCAGCGAGCGCAAAAGCUCGAUAAAGAGCUUUCGGCGGUGGAAUUGAGCGAUCUUUCAGUGCCAGACUCUGCUUUCCUCGACACCACAUCGUUCUCCGACUCCAGGACCUUGGAGAAGCUCCCCGAUUUCCUCAAGGCAUUCAGCCCAAAGGGCGCCGACCUUUCAAAGGCGUCAGAGAAGAAGGGUACACCUCAUACUUUGGUUGUUUCUGCCGCAGCGCUCAGAGCCGCAGACGUUGUUAGGGCGCUCCGAGGCUUCCAAACAAAGGAAGCAAUUGUCGGAAAACUUUUCGCCAAGCAUAUCAAGCUGGAGGAAGCGAAGCAGUUCCUCGAACGUGCACGGACUGGAAUUGGCGCUGGAACACCUGCUAGGAUAUCUGAUUUGAUCGAGUGUGGUUCGCUUAACGUGGACGAGCUUGAGCGCAUUGUCAUUGACGGCUCGCAUAUCGACCAGAAGCAGCGCGGUAUCUUCGACAUGAAGGAGACUCAUCUCCCACUGUUGCAGCUGUUGACUCGUCCAGAGCUGCGCGACCGUUACGGCGCUUCAAAGAAGAAGGUGCAGAUUCUGGUGUUCUGA